AAAAAACUUCCUUGUCCGUGCACAUUCCUUUCUCGUCAUCGUUUCGUCGUGGUUCAGACUAACCGUAAUCGCGUCGUUUCUUUUGAGCUUGUAAGCAUAAAAAAAUAACCAAACGUUGACAGCAAUUCUUCAAAAGAGAAACACAGAUUGCUAAAAUUGUUGGUGUGUUAAAAAUGAGCAUAACUUAAACAAAAGCAGAAAGCAGUGCGCAUAAAUAAAACAAAAGUUGUGAAUAUUCUUGCAAAAAUAGUUGAAGCCAAACUUCAACAACAAAAGUGAGAGAGCAAGAAGAGAAGAGAGAAAAGAACGAAAUCAACCCAAAAAAAAAGUGAUUACGAUUCGAGUGAUUUUUCUUUCGGCGUGCGUUGGGAUAAAUAAAAAGCAGCAAAAUUUACUACAACGUCGCCUUUGGCAGCGCCAACUCCAGCAUCAACCCCCCCGGCGGCAUAUCCACCACCAGCGGGAGUACUAUCCAGUACCAGCAUCAACUUCAGCACCACCACCCCCCAAGCAGCAGCAGCAGCGCCGGCAGAAGAAUGCUCUUUGAGAAUCCAGCGGUUGCGGCCAAGUUGCCAUUUCCAUACAAUGUGCCGCCGCCACUUCAGGCGGCAGCAGCAGCAGCGGCAGCUGUGCCAAAUUUAAGGUUUCAGACACCCAUUAAAGCGUUUGCCUGCCUGACAGCAGCCACAAGGUCAGUAUCUGAGAUGAAUGUCACAUCACUAUACGAGUACGCUGGUAAUCCCAUGGAUAACGCUGCCGCAGCAGCAGCAGCAGCUGCCGCCGGUCUCAUUGAUCCACACCAUCACCAUCCUGAUCUGCACAACGCCUUGGUCGCCUCCAUAGCCAACAACAGUGUGGCGGCCAUUAACGGCACCCUGACCACGGCCGCAGUGCUCAAGAGCGCCGCCGCCGCUCAGCAACAGCAGCAGCAAUCACAGGUGCAGCAGCAGACACAGGGUUCCAUAGUGGUGCCUGGGCAGGAUCAGUCCCAAGUCGCAGCACAGAACGCCGCCAACGGUGGCGGCAAUCCACAGCAGCAGCAUCAGGUCGCUGCCCAGCAGGCUGCCCUGGCGCUGCUCAAGGAGAAUGUGAACGCAUCGUCGGCCGGACAGAAUGGCAGUGGCGGAGGGGGGGCCAAUCUGAGCAACAAGAGCGGCUCCUCGGGUCGCUCCACUCCCAGUUUGACUGGCGGCAGUGGCUCAGAUCCGGCUCCAGGCAAACUGUUCGUGGGCGGCCUCAGCUGGCAGACCUCAUCCGACAAGCUGAAGGAAUACUUCAAUAUGUUUGGCACCGUCACCGAUGUGCUCAUCAUGAAGGAUCCCGUCACCCAGCGCAGUCGCGGCUUUGGCUUCAUCACAUUCCAAGAUCCCUGCACGGUGGAGAAGGUGCUCAAGGUGCCCAUUCACACGCUCGAUGGCAAGAAGAUUGAUCCAAAGCAUGCCACUCCCAAGAAUCGACCCCGUCAGGCCAACAAGACCAAGAAGAUCUUUGUGGGCGGCGUCUCGCAGGACACCUCGGCCGAGGAGGUUAAGGCCUACUUUGCACAGUUCGGACCCGUCGAGGAGACGGUCAUGCUAAUGGAUCAGCAGACGAAGCGCCAUCGCGGCUUCGGCUUUGUGACCUUCGAGAACGAGGAUGUGGUGGAUCGCGUCUGCGAGAUCCACUUCCACACCAUCAAGAACAAGAAGGUCGAGUGCAAGAAGGCACAGCCGAAGGAGUCUGUCACACCGGCCGCUCAGCUGCUACAGAAGCGCAUCAUGCUCGGAAGCCUGGGCGUACAACUGCCUACGGCACCCGGCCAGCUGAUCGGAACACGUGGAGGUGGACUAGCCAUGAAUCCCCUGGCCAUGCUGCAGAAUCAGCAACAGCUGCUGCAGUCUCCGGCCUCCGCUGCCCAGCAGGCCGCCCUCAUAUCCCAGAAUCCGUUUCAAGUACAAAACGCAGCUGCCGCCGCCGCCUCGAUGGCCGCCAAUCCCGCGAACUUUGGCAAACUGCUAGCCACAUAUCCACAGACUGCGCUGCAACAUGUCAGGUAUGCACCCUACUCGAUCCCCGCCAGCGCCGCUACUGCCAAUGCCGCCUUGAUGCAGGCCCAUCAAGCGCAGAGCGCCGCCGUCGCUGCCCACCAUCAGCAGCAGCAGCAACAGCACCAGAACCAGCAACAUCAGAACGCCCACGCCAUGGCCGCAGCGGCCCAGCAUCAACACCAGCAGCACCAACAGAACCACCACACUGCCGUUGCCGCCUCAAAUUCCGCCUCGCAGGCUCACUCCGCCGCAGCGGCCGCUGCCCUGGCGGCCAAUGCCGCGAACGGAGGUGGCGCUGCUGGUGCCCACAGCCUGGCAGCUGCCCAGCAGGCGGCACUAGUGGCCGCUGGUGGAAAUCAACUGAAUGCAUCUGCUGCUGCCUUGGCAGCGGCCGCCAAUCCGGCUGCCUACUCCAACUACGCCCUUGCCAAUGUGGACAUGUCCAGCUUCCAGGGCGUCGAUUGGAGUGCCAUGUACGGCAUGGGCAUGUAUGUCUAAGCUUAGGAUGAGGGUUAUGUUUUUUGGUAAUUUCAAUGAAACCCCCUAGUAGUAGCUCCCAUUAAAACACACAUACAUACAUCCACCCAUAACACACUCACACUCAUCGAGAGACACUCAUCUGAAGUUGGUUUUCCUUUGAGUUCCGCUUAGAUCGUAGAAAGAUCGGAUCUCCUCCCCCCACGCAGCAAAGGGGGCGGGGCAUAUUAAGUAUUAUAUUUAAGGCGCUCGCGAAAGGCGCUCAAUAAAUAUUAUAACUAAUAUACAUACAUAUAUACAUAAACAAAUCAUAAGCAAUAUAAGCAAACAGCAAGUGAAACAAAAACACAAAAAUAUAAAAAAUAGGAGAGAAAAAAGCAAAGCGAAAUCAAGGAAAAACAAAAUUCAAACCAAAAAGCAAAAAUUACGAAGAAAGGAAAAGAAACAAAAAAAAAACACAUUAAAAAACCACCGAUUGUGAUUGCGUUUAAAUGUAGCCGUUACUAUAUAUAAUUUUUUAGUGCAUAAAAUACAAAAAACAAAAUCAUUAAACAUUAAAAAUUAAAUAAGAACAUAACAUUAAACAUAAAAAACAAAAUUCAAAGCUUAAAAUUAAACAUAAAAAAAAUCCAUAUUUAUAAAUGAAAGCAAAAGCAAGGCAUGAUGAAUAUUAUAACAAAGAAAAAGAAAAACUAACUAUAACGAAACUAAAGGCGCUCGCUAAUUGAUUAUGUAUUUUAUUUUGGAGGCCUAAAACUCAACGAAAUAAUGAAAGAAGAAACUCCUGCGAAUGCAGUAUUAAUUACAUUUUGCUCAAGACAAAGAGUUAUAAAUUAAUUAAUAUACAUAAAAACAUAACUAACUAAAGCAAAACAUACUCACACACACACACACUAAACAUAAACUAUUAUUUUUAGAGGUUUAGUUUAGUUAUUGAGCUCGAAUUUAAUUCAUCCCCCAGAGAAAACUCACACUCAAACAUCACCAUAAACAUACCACAGAAAAACACACACUGCAUCUACUGUCCCCCUAUCCUAUCCUACCUAUCUUAACUCUGUUCUGUGUACUUAAUCAUCAAUACCUAUCAAUAAUAAUAACACUACAACAAACAACGAACAAAUCUCUGAUGAUUUGCGUACUGCGUGUGUGAAUCUCUGUCUCACUUUAUUUGAUUUGAUUUAGUUUAUAGACCUAGUUUAGUCUCGAAUCAAACUCGAAGUCCCCGAGCAUUUGUAGAAGUUCUAUUAUCGUAAUCAUUUUUUUGGCAUUUGAAUACAGUGAUUUUUGGAUGAGUUUGAUGUAGUCUGUACAUUGUACACCUAAAAAGUACUCUUUGGAAGACGGAAGUGCUCUCGAAACAGCAACAUCAAAUACCUAGGGCAACCACUACUAAUGUAUCUCUUUGUAUUUUCCAUAUUUUCGACUUCUAAUCUAUCCAUCUAACUCCCCCAUCCCACUCAUAGACCAGGUAAAAUCUCUAAUUUUGUUGUAGUUUAUUGUUCUAUCAAUGGCACAAUAUUAGUUUUAAACAAAUAUUAUUUUGUAAUUAUCUUUACCUGUAGCAUUUGCAUUUGAGUUUUGCAUUCAACCAAUACUUCAUCCAUAAACAAACAAAAAACCAAACAAAACAAGAAAAGAAGCAAGAAAGAAAAAUAUAAAUGAAAAAGGAAUCCGGAGAUAUUGAAGCUCCUGGCUAGCUAUGUAUUUGUCAUUUAUAUAUAUAUUUGAUUCGCUUGCAUGAAGUUUAAUUUAGUUUUUAGUUAUCAUUUUGGAAAGUAAUAUUUGCGUAUGUAAAUACCUAGUUUAUAUACUACAUUACACCUACACACACACACAAAACACACACAUUAUAUUGAGAAACAUUUGAAGUAAUUUUGUGUUUAAUAAAAAAACAAACAAACAGAAAAAAAACCGAAA